AUGCCUAAACGGUGUGCAUUGGGAUGUUCAAACAAGACUUCCUAUCAUCAAUUUCCACAUCCAGAAAAGAAUACUGACCGUUUCAAGGCUUGGGUUCAUAUAGCUGGUGUGAAGUUAGAUAGUCCUGCUGAUUAUGAACUGUAUAGAAAGAAGGUCAUCUGUGAUAUCCAUUUUACAGACAGGGAUAGAAACCGUAAUAACCGGUUGAAUUUUCUAGCUGUGCCAUCACUUCAUCUUCCUGGCAAGUCUGAUGAAGUUGUUACUUCAGAGAAAAUUUUACUUGUACCUGAACCUGUGAAUGAAGAAAGCAGCCUUGCUGCAUUAAAACCGACACUAACAGGCAAGUCUAACGAUGAUGAUACUUCAGAGAAAGUUUUACUAAUACCUGAACCUGUGAAUAAAGAAAACAGCCUUGCUACAUUAAAAUCAACACUAACAGGCAAGUCUGAUGAAGUUGUUACUUCAGAGAAAGUUUUACUUGUACCUGAACCUGUGAAUGAAGAAAGCAGCCUUGCUACAUUAAAACUGACAACGACAGGUACUGACAUAUUAAUUCCAAAUAUUUAUUACAUUCAUGUUGUUGGUAAAUUUAUAUACAUAAAGUUGGACUAA